AUGAGAGGUCUCGGGUCGGUGUCGAGAUUGUUAGCAAGGCAAGCGGCUCGAGGGUCCUGGAGAUCCGGCAAGGAACUGGGAGUCGUCGUGACCCGGAGUGAAGCCGUCGCCAUCCUGACCAGCCGACGCGGACUCACCACGCUUGGAGGAUGUUCGAAAGGCCCGUUCGCGUACAACAGCAACAGAGCCGCGAUGGCUAUGGCUGAGUGCGUGGCGUGGCGUACGCUGGACCGUGUACGCUUCAUGGCUGCCGACGCAGGGUUGCCGUCAGCAGUACUGGUGCCGACAAUGGGCGAGUCAAUAAAAGAUGGAUCCAUAUCUGCCGUUCUCAAAGCGGCGGGCGAGUCAGUGGAGGAGGACGAGGUUAUAGCGCAGAUUGAGACGGACAAGGUCACCAUUGACGUGCGCAGCCCCAGAGCAGGAGUCCUGCAGAAGAUUGAAGUGAAGGUGGGAGACACGGUCACUCCCGGCACCACCGUCGCCUUCGUCUCCCCUUCCUCUGCCGCACCACCAGCCAAGCCCGCAGCAGGAGGAGUGCAGGCGCCGUCAGCAGCAGAAGCAGCGGUGGGGCCGAUAGGAGAUGAGGAGAUGGAGGGCGAGGGGGUGGAUGAGUACAGCUUGGUGCAUGGGGACGACACGGUGGAGGUGGUGGUGCCGUCCAUGGGGGAGUCUGUCAACGAUGGCGUGCUGGCUGCCCUGCUCAAGAGUGUGGGCGACAGUGUGCGCAUGGAUGAAGUGAUCGGGCAGGUGGAGACAGACAAGGUGACGAUAGACGUGCGCAGUCCAGACGAGGGAGUGGUGGAGGCAGUGAGCGUGCAGCUGGGCGACACUGUCACGCCCGGCACGCCCAUUGCUGUCGUGCGCCGCGCCAAGGCCCUCCCCGCCUCCACCACACUCGCCGACCGCGUGGUGGAGGCCGUGGAGGGGCCCCGCCCCGUGCCUGUUGCUCGCGCUGUUCCCCCGCCUCCUCCCCCUCCACCUGGCUCCCGGCCCGCUGCUGCUGCUGCUCCGGCUGGGGGUCCUGCUGUGCCGAUUAUUCCCAGGCAGAAGGAGCGACGGGUGCCCAUGACUCGCCUGCGGCGGCGCGUUGCGCAGCGACUCAAGGACUCACAGAACACGUUCGCCAUGCUCACUACGUUCAAUGAAAUCGACAUGACGAACCUCAUUGCACUGCGCAACGACUUCAAGGAUGCCUUCUAUGAGAAGCACGGCAUCAAGCUCGGCUUCAUGUCCGCGUUCGUCAAGGCGGCGUCCAGUGCACUGCAGCAGGAGCCAGCAGUGAAUGCGGUGAUCGAUGGGGACGACAUUGUGUAUCGCGACUACAUCGACGUCAGCAUUGCUGUCGGCACUCCCAAGGGCCUGGUGGUGCCGGUGAUUCGCAAGGUGCACGAGAUGAGCUUUGUGGACGUGGAGCGCACUGUAGCGGAGCUGGGAAAGAAGGCGCGGGACGGCACCAUUUCCAUUGAUGACAUGGCGGGUGGCACCUUCACCAUCUCCAACGGGGGCGUGUAUGGCAGCCUCAUCAGCACGCCCAUCAUCAACCCGCCUCAGUCGGCCAUCCUGGGCAUGCAUGCCAUUCAGCAGCGCCCGGUCGUUAUCGGCAAGGACAUCGUGGCCCGCCCCAUGAUGUACGUGGCGCUCACAUACGACCACCGCCUCAUCGACGGCAGAGAGGCCGUGCUGUUCCUGCGCCGCAUCAAGGACAUUGUGGAGGAUCCUAGGCGUAUUCUCCUGGACAUAUAA